CAUCCUUCCAAAAUCACCUCUCUUCGCCGGAACAUGAUAUCUUAGCCGAUCCAAAAACGAUAUCUUUGACUAGACGCCACUCUCUACCAUCCGGAAGCGAAUCCGCCCACUUCUGAGAGACUUCGGCCAUCGAAAGACGUUCAAUGAGCCCAAUUUGAUCACUCGACCUGACCGGACCUUUUGCGAACCCCCAGUCAACAUGACGACGGCAUGUAUCAAAACAGAGCCCGACGCGGGACCCGAGAGCAAACCAAGCAUCCGAAAGCGGAGAAGGAGGACCACGACAACAGGCGCGGCCGACGACUGCUUUGCGUGCCGAAAACGAAAUGCGCCGUGUGACCGCAGGAGACCGUACUGUGGACAGUGCCUUGAAAUUGGAAAAGACUGCUCGGGAUACAAGACGACUCUCACGUGGGGGGUGGGUAUUGCUAGUCGAGGAAAGCUGAGAGGCUUGACAUGUCCGGUGGCUGAGAAGGCCGACGGGCCCGUGGGCGUCACCAAAAGGAACAGCGUAUCGCAACCUCGAAGGAAAGCAUCCACCACCGCACCUGCCUCGGAUCGCCCUGCGCCUCCACGUAUAAACUUGAGCACCAAUAUCCCACAGCCCGCCUCUCAAGAACCACUUCGAACUCCCUCUUAUGGCAUUCUUUCCCCGCUUGACCCUCAACAGCCUGUCUUUUGGCAACCGAUGCAGCAAUACGCGAACCAGGAACACACAUCUCCCACCUCGCCGUACGAAAAUCGUCAUUUGCUGAAUCCCUCCGACUAUCCAUUGACACCAGCAUCGUUAUCCUACAAUGAGGGCAUGCAGUCUUCUACUAAUUACAACCUUCUGGAUGUUGCAAAUCAAUCUUGUUCCGAAUCAUAUCCUCAGACACAGCCGACCUUUUAUUCUGAUCAGCCCCUCAACACAUCAACUUCCCCCGAGGAUAUGACUUUCUCGCAGCAGCAGGACGUGUCUUUCUUCGAGCCCACAUACGAUACGACGAAGUCCUUGGCUGAUAUGCAAGACUUGAAUGUUUCCAUACCGAGAGCCAUGGCGACAUCCUUAUUUUACCACCUGUCGCCAAGAAUGCAAUAUCUGCUGGAUUACUACGACAAGCAUAUCUGCUCUGUUCUUGUUGCAUUCGAUGACACAAUCAACCCAUAUAGGAUGCACAUUCUCCAACUUGCCACACAUAACGAGGGUCUCCAGAAUGCUCUUGCAUCUCUGUCGCUGAACAAUAUGCGCAUGCGUCUGCACAAGAGAUCGCCUCCCACAGGCUUCAUUGAGGAGCUCGACAAAGAGCAGCAGGAGAACAACAGCAUUCUAGCCCGACCGUCGCCCGAAGAGACUUACUACAAGAGCGUCUCGAUUGGUCACUUGCAAGCGCAAUUGGCUGACACAGUCAAUGCUCAGGACGAUUCUGUCCUUGCCAUCUUGCUCAUUCUUUGCUUGUUCCACGUCUGCGACAGUGGGUUUUCGAAGUUCAAGACACAGCUUGAGGGCGUUCAGAAGCUUCUCACCAUGCGUGAUCCUGGCGUCCGAACAGGCUUCAUUGGCUGGGUGGAGAUGUUUUUCGCCUGGUUCGAUGUCAUGACCUCGACCGUGAAUGACAGAGAGACUGAAAUCCAAGGCGAUCGUCUAGACAUGCUGCACUACUCGUCCAAUCUAGGUGCCCUUGAGCAAUUCUCGGGAUGUGAUGGUCGAUUAUUCAAGCUGAUCGCACGCCUCGGUCGCUUAAAUCUGUUGUCACAGAAUCGCCCAGUGCGCCCUGAUCCUAGAAACUCCAAGCCGUCCUACGGUGCGACGGCGACACCGAAAGCCAAGGACCAAGGGGUGUCUUCGACCUCAAAGGCGUGGCGCUCAAGACCCCAAGUUGGGCCGAUGGAUUUCAGCCGACUCGAUGGUAACGGCUGGGGCGCCCUCCUGGCUGAUGUUCCGGAAGACAACCAUACGGUUUUCAGAGAUCAUUCGGAUACGAGGCAAGAAUUUUGGAAAGAGUGGCACGACAUUCGAUCUCGCCUCGAGACAUGGUCGAUGGAGAGUCCAUGUCUAUCGCCCACAGCUCUUGACCCUUCGCGCGCCUCGCUAGAGCCCGGACAACGAGAUCUGACUCAUAUUAACGAGUCCUUCCGCUCGUCAGCGUUGCUAUACACCGAACGUCUAGCGCAUCCGUUCCUGCCGUCCUCGUCACCAAAGUUCCAGGCACAUGUCCGGAACGCUCUCUCGCACAUUGCUGCGCUAGAAAUCACUUCAUGUGUUAACAAGUUUUUGCUAUGGCCUCUGUUCAUUGCAGGUACAGAGUGUGUUGAUGCGGCCGAUCAGGCUCUUGUACGGGACAGAUGUAUAGAAGUCCAGAUCGAGAGUGGUUUCUUCAACAACAUCUCAGUCUUGGAUGUUCUCGAGAAGGUCUGGGCCGAGAACGACAUGCAAGAUGUGCAGGACGCAGACUACGAUGAAGUACAGCGCAGGCGCGACAGUGCCAAAGAAAAUGGAGACCGUGUGCAAGCAUUCAGGUGGAGGAAAGCUAUGGACAGGGUUGACGGCGAGUACCUUGUUAUAUGAGCUUCCAUCUGACAAAAAGUUUGCCAUACAUAUACGCGCGUUUUAUGUACACAUAAUGUCAAGAAACGAUAUUACAUUUACUCCUUCUCACGGUGGUAUGUUCAUCCUCUUACUCGAAUUAAUUUUCCAAACGAGAUUCCUCCCCUU